AAUACAAUUAUUCAAAACACAACAUGCCUGUAGCAAUUGGCACAGAUUACAGCUCUGAAUUUUUCACCUUCUGUGUUCUUGUUGAGGAAUUAACAGUUCAUUUCAAACACGUGUUGGUCUUAUCAGUCUUACUCACUGUUCUCUUUAAUAUUUAUUGGCUGCUGUAAUUACCUCAUAGAAAACAAUGAUAACAAUUUGAGCAAUUGUUCUGAUAGCAGUGUCCAUCUUGGCAUCGGGAGACGAACAGCAUUCCUUGUUGUUCCUCUAAUCAUCAGUCUUGAAGGUGUACAUUCUUGUUCACUUUGUUAGAUUGGAAUUUCUCGUUAGUGUUGAAGGGAGUUGGAGUAUCGCUACAUAUUGGAGAUGAGAGUCUUAUUUAUUUGAUUUAAUGAUUUAUUAGGUGCUUGGUGUGGUGUUCAAUUGUAGUGACAAUAAAAAAAAGCUAGUAGAGGAUAUCUGGUCUAUUGAGAUAUAACUCUGGUGUUGUUUUUAAUCUGGAAUUUGUGUGAUAAUUUUCUCAAUGCCAUACAUCUUGGAAUAAAUAAACAAUAUCGGAAAGAUAAAGAAACAGGAAAGGAAGUUUUAGACUGGAUUAUUUUUUUUUAAACAUGCUGGAGCAUAAUUGAUGUACCACAGUGUGCACAGUAAUAUGUCAAGAUGACCGGCUACGUUUACAACAUGAUCCCUGACAAGGGUUCAAGCACCAUGUCCUUCUUCGUUUGUUUACGUAAGUUCUGGAUUAUAACGAUUAUUAUUCAUCAAGCUUUCUUAUCUACUGCAGCGUUACGCAACCCUCCUGUGAAACUGACCGCCUCGGAAAUUACUCCUUCAUCUUUAAAGCUGUCAUGGAAGCCCGGAAAUCAGGAUGAUAUUUCAUAUAUUGUACAGUAUAAGGCAAAACAACACCCAGGGGAUUUUCAUGAAAUCAAAUCUAUUAAGAAAACAGAGUAUACUAUUGAAAAGAUGGAGGCGUAUCAGCAGUAUGAAUUGCGGGCAAUUGCUGUGACAAAAAGUGGGAGGAGUUCCCCCAGUGCAUCGCUAGAAGUGGUAACUGGGGAGUUAGCUCCAAGUUCUGCCCUCAGGAAUGUCAGAGCUCGUCCACAAGACAUGCAAACAAUCCGCAUAGAUUGGGAUGAGCCAGAGAUACCAAAUGGAAUCAUUCAGGGAUACAAAAUAUUCUACACUACCAACCCAGACCUGCCAGUUGUGCUGUGGAUGAACCAGGAGGUAGCGGGGGAGAACAAGAUGACCACAAUCAGUGAUUUGAUCCCCAACAACACCUAUACAAUCUGUGUGCUGGCCUACUCCAGCAUGGGGCAAGGUCCAUUGUCUGUACCAGUGCAAGUGAUGACGAGACAGGAAGUACGUGUACCACUCCAACCAAGGAACCUGCGAGCCAGGCCGAUAUCACCCAACGAGAUAGAGAUAACGUGGGAUGCACCAGAAGACAUUGAUCAAGUUGUCGAUUACACACUGUACUAUAAUGACUCGCAGAAACAUACCAAUAACCAAGUCAGAGUACUCCCUCCUACCACAAAAUACAUACUGACGGAUCUUGUACCGGAUACUAUAUAUCAUAUACAACUUGCCGCUCGUAGUUCACGAGGCCUCGGAGUUCGUACUAUACUCGUGCAGGCAAAAACACCGGAAUUUAUUCCAAAUGAGCCUGAACGUGUACAAGUGCAAGCUGUCAACGCUACGACCAUAUAUGUGGAAUGGCAACCUCCACGGCCAAUGGACCGUAAAGGAACUAUUCGAGGGUAUUAUGUGUAUUAUGCCAAGGUAGAUCAAAAUAACAAUGUUAUUAUGAGCACAGAGAAAAUUGAAGAUGUGAACGAUGGAAAUAAAAACGAAGCUGUAAUAACUGACUUGCUGCCCAAUACACGAUACCAGGUGACAGUAGCUGGCUACACACGACGUGGUGAUGGUGUCAGAAGUCGCCCAAAGAUUAUAAACACAAUGGAAGCAGUUGACGAGACAGAUAAGGAGUUUAGUGUGGAUGAGGUGACGGUUAAAGUUCCAUCUACAAGUGAUAACUGCGCUGGAAAGUCGAAUCAGUCUGAGCUUUCAGCUGGAGGAAAUGCAGAGGGUGAACUACAAGAACCAAAGUCCAGUCAAAGUCAAAGUAAAGCAAAGACGCUCAAGGAGCUUAAGAUGGAAUACUACCAGCAAGCAAUAGCUGGCCUAAAAGUCCAGACAGAGUGUUUUGCUAAGGUGUCAAAGCUUGCGGACGUUCUGAUUGCUAAAUUCUCGUCUACCUAAUUAACAUUAUUAGCUUGACUGUUUAUGUUUGCAACAUCUAUAUGUACUUUAAAUGUUGGUUAUACAGAUCAAAAUUUAAUAGAUGCACUUAACACUCAAAACAUCUUGGGUUUUUUUUCGAACUUUAAUCCCUGCUGUAGAGCCAACUAAAUUUCAUUAUGAAAUAAAUACCUUAAAGAAG